AUGCUGGUCCAGAAGGGCCUUCUUUCGCAUCCUGUAGGGCUGUGGAACUCCGUUGUGGAAUUGUUCCAGAACACAGUGUUUGUGGAUGGAAAGGCACCAACCUCCCAUUUUGUGGAGGCUUUCGAGGGUUUGGUUGGCGAACAACGCUCUCGUAGCGACCUCUUCCGGAGCCGAGCACCAAAAAGACGGUAUGUCCGAAACGCAACGGACUUGCACGACCUGUUAGACCCGACUGGCAAUCGGUUUUACAAGGAAAGGACAUUACUGCAGGUCUUUAAUCGUGCAAACUGGGCCCUGGCUCGAAUCCCGGACGAAGAGCUCCCUCUCUCUACGGGACUAGCUUUUAUCCGGCUCGCUGAGGUCAAACGAAGGAGAGACCGAGUGACCGGAAAAGUUACUUUGGACGAUACUGACCUCGUUAAACGUGCCAGAUCUCGUGGAUGGAGUGAUGAGGACAUCAUCGCAGCCUCAUCUAAGUUGCCAUCCCAGUCAAAGGAUCCUCAUACCGCUGAAGUCAUGAAGGCUCUUCGAUCAACUGCAUCAGAGGUCUAUACGGUUAGAAAUUGGAGCAACGCACAUGCCGAAGGCGAGUUUGACCUUAUACGGCACUUAAGUGUACUCAGGCUCGACUUCAUAAGUGACAUUUGUGGUGAAAUGAGGCCUUUAUCAAGUCUGAACUACAUAGCUGUCCUCGCAAGCUGCUAUCUGUUGUUCAUGGGAAUUGAAGACAGUUUGAAGAAGUGCAGGAAUCCAAUAUGGGUGCAAAUCUAUGAAGGGAAUUCCGAAUUGACAGAGCAGAAACGCGUAUCACUUACUGUGUUUGCGUUGGCAGAAGCGGAUCCCGAGUGCCUCAGAAUCAUGGCAGAUGUAUUUGAGAAGAUGAGAUGCGGUUUCAUACACCAUAUCUACUGGGAUGACUUGAUGGAUACCAAGGAGGCCACAGAGACUUUCAAAUCUGGCGAUAAAGUCCCAUUCGGCCCAAAUUCUUGUAUGAUUAUGUGA